AAUUAUUAUAAGUUGUCUAUGAAAGUUGUUUAGUCAAUUUCGUAACCCGGGAUUUUAAAAUUGUACUUAUACGUGCGUUGUAUAUAAUUUGGUUACGCAUUUAUACUUAUAUGAAUAAUAUCAAUGGAAACACCAGAUGCAAAUGGUUUUGUAAAUGUAAUCUGGCCAAGUAAAAGCGUUCCGCAUGGUGGCAUUUUUCAUACGAGAGUUAUUGAACCUUCGAAAACCCAGCAACAAUUUCUUAAAAUAUUACUGGAAGAAUCUAAGCUUUCAAUUGCUCAACGAAAGAAAUCGGCAUUAGCUCUUCGCGAAUAUGAGGAAAAAGAACCUCCACCUAGAGUGGAAGUACCGAUGGUUCGCCCAAGAACAUCACGACGACGAUCUUUGUCAGCUAUUCGUGAAUCUGGAAUAUAUGAAGUUACGAACUAUCGUCCGUUAAAACGUGGGGAGGACCGAGAAAAGCUAAAAGAUAAUCUAGCGCACAAAAUGGAAUACGGCGACGAGGGUCAGGUCCCACCGGCUGCUCCUCGCAGUCGCAAGUCUCCACCAAGAUUACCUACCAAAAAAGAGAUGUGGCACGACUUGGUAACGCAAAUAAGAGAGCGAGCAGAAUGGCUAGCUGAGAUGGAAGACCUAGGCCAGGGUGCCCCACAUCGCGAAGUGAUAAAGGACCAAAUAGCAGAACGGAUGAGGGCCCUCGAUGCUCUUGGGCUGGACAGUGAGCCUUGUACAGCUAGGUCUAAGGGCUCAGGGUUUAGUGUCCUUCCUAGUGUUAGGUCGAACACUAGUGCUAAAUCUGACAAAUCCAGUAUAUCUAGAAAGAGCCAAGAUAAGACUAAAUCAACUAGGACUCCAAAGAGACACUUGAAAAAAGAUGAAAAUGUAGCAGCCUAUGAAAAACUAUCGCCUCUACAGUAUUCACCUAGGAGAAGAUUGUAAUAGAAAAAAAAUUUGGUGUAUUAUUUUUUGUUUUUCUUUAUUUGAGUCUGGUUUUUGGAACAUUUACCAAAUCCAAGGUACAUUAUUUUUGUUUCACAUAGAUAAAGCAUAUCUAAAAUACCAAAAUUGCUGUUUAACCUCAAUGAAAUAAAUAUUAUGACAUAAUAA